AUGGGACCAAAACUACCCCCUCCUCCCCCUCCCUCGGGGGGUCAGGAUAAGCGCCCAAACAACAUUAGUAAUAAUAAACCAAAGAAUAAUGUAAAUAGAAAGACUUCACAUAACCCACCACCUCCACCUCCACCUGGCAUGAACAAUUCAAAAGCGAGACCGCCUCCACCUCCUCCAAAUCCCGCUACAUCUGAUUCAAGGAUAAGAAGGCAACCGCCCCCACCACCUCCAGGUAUAGCAUCAGGUAAGGGUAGUAUGAGGUCAUCGUCAGAGAUUGUAACGAAAGACGAAUUACAAGCCAGAAAAAAGAGAUGGUUACAAAUACAGAAAAAUAGGUAUUCGGCGACAGGGAAAUCCAAUAGUAAGAAAUCUGGAGGGUUGGUUCAUCCUACCAAAGUUGAUAUGCCACCUGAACACUUACGAAAGAUCAUGUUCGAUCACGGUGAUUUGUCGUCGAAAACGUUUGCCUCAGAUAAAAGAUCGCAUUUGGGUUCAUUGAAGUACGUACCUCAUGCAAUCUUAAAAUUGUUGGAAAAUAUGCCUCAGCCAUGGGAACAGACUAAGGAUGUUAAGGUUUUAUAUCACAUCACCGGUGCCAUAACAUUUGUGAACGAAAUCCCGAGAGUUAUCGAACCUGUUUACACAGCUCAAUGGGCAACAGCUUGGCUAAUGAUGCGAAGAGAAAAAAGAGACAGAAAGCAUUUCAAAAGAAUGAGAUUUCCACCAUUCGAUGAUGAGGAACCCCCAUUAGACUGGAUGGAGAACAUAGAAGAUGUAGAGCCGUUAGACGGUAUUCAAUUGGAAUUAGAUGGAAUGAAAGAUAGGGCGGUGAUAGACUGGUUUUAUGACGAAAAACCAUUGAUAGAUGAUUUAAAGGUGGUCAAUGGAGAGUCAUAUAAAACAUGGAAUCUUGAUUUACAAACUAUGGCCAAUCUAUACAAAUUAUCCACUCCUUUGUUACCGGACGUGACAGACCCAAAUUAUUAUUAUCUUUUUGAUAAGACUUCCUUUUUCACAUCAAAAAGUUUAAAUAUUGCGCUUCCAGGAGGUCCAAAAUUCGAACCACUCUAUAAAGACAAAAUUAAUAACCCGGAAAUAGAAGAUUUUACGGAAUUUAAUUCUAUUGAUAGAAUAAUCUUUAGAAUACCCAUAAAAACGGAGUACAAAGUUGCAUUCCCAUUUUUAUAUAACUCAUUCGCAAAACUGAUUUAUGUUGGUUGGUACCAUGAACCUUUAAAUUGCUUCAUAAAAAAUUCCAUGGAGGAUACAGACCUUCCAGCAUUUCAUUUUGAUCCAGUUUUAAAUCCAAUUACGCCUCAUAAACUGAAACAAAAUCGCAAAAAUACUAAAAGAGAAGAUGUGGGUUUGGAUAUGCCAGUAGGCUUUAAACCAUUCAUGUCUGAUGACAAAGAUGGGUGUAUACCGUUAGACCCAGAGGGUACCUCGUCAGCAAUCCAGUUAUGGUGGGCACCAUACCCAUAUAACCGUAGAAGCGGAAAAAUGGUGAGAGCAGAAGAUGUUGCUCUUGUUAAACCGUGGUAUAAACAGCAUCCACCUACAGAAUAUCCUGUUAAGGUUCGCGUUUCCUACCAGAAACUCUUGAAAAGGUACAUUUUAAAUGAGCUACACAAUCCUCAAGGAAACAAAACUGGCUCCAAAAUGAGUAAUCAAAGGAAAAUAAAGUUGUUGAAAAGCUUGAAAGCGACUAAAUACUUUCAACAAACUACGAUAGACUGGGUGGAAGCGGGAUUGCAGGUAUGCCGUCAAGGCUUCAACAUGCUUAAUUUAUUGAUACAUAGGAAAGGUCUUACGUAUUUACAUCUUGAUUAUAAUUUUAACCUAAAGCCCACGAAAACGUUGACUACAAAGGAGCGUAAAAAGUCAAGGUUUGGUAAUGCAUUCCAUUUAAUUAGAGAGAUAUUGAGGGUCGUCAAGAUUUUAGUUGAUUCGCAAGUUCAAUUUAGAUUGGGGAAUGUGGAUGCAUUUCAAUUAGCGGAUGGUAUAUAUUAUAUCUUGAAUCACUUGGGACAACUAACGGGUAUCUAUCGAUAUAAGUAUAAAGUCAUGCAUCAAAUUAGGGCAUGUAAAGAUUUAAAGCAUGUUGUUUAUUCGAGAUUUAAUUCAAUCAUUGGAAAAGGUCCAGGAUGUGGAUUUUGGCAGCCCGCAUGGAGAGUUUGGUUGUUCUUUAUGAGAGGUAUAAUUCCUUUAUUAGAAAGAUGGCUUGGAAAUUUAUUGGCAAGGCAAUUCGAAGGAAGAAGAAGUAAUGAUGUGGCUAAAACAAUUACAAAGCAGCGUGUUGAUUCGUAUUAUGACUUAGAAUUAAGGGCGCAAGUCAUGCAUGAUAUAUUGGAUAUGAUUCCUGAAGGAUUGAAGCAAAAUAAAUCUCGUACAGUUCUACAACAUUUGAGUGAAGCUUGGAGGUGUUGGAAGGCUAACAUUCCUUGGAAGGUCCCAGGAUUACCUGAGCCUAUUGAGAAGAUCAUCAUACGAUAUAUUAAAGCAAAAGCAGAUGGAUGGAUUUCGGUUGCCCAUUAUAAUAGAGACCGUAUUAGAAGAGGAGCAACCGUUGAGAAGACAGUCGCUAAAAAGAAUUUAGGACGUUUGACAAGAUUAUGGAUCAAGAACGAACAAGAACGCCAGACUAACUUUGCUAAGGAUGGGCCAUAUGUAUCUCCCGAUAACGCGAUUACAACAUUCCAAACAAUGGUUCAUUGGUUAGAAAGUAGAAAAUUUAGUCCAAUUCCUUUCCCGCCUAUAUCAUAUAAGCAUGAUACUAAAUUAUUAGUGUUGGCGUUGGAAAAUUUGAAAGAAAGCUACAAUGCUAAUGCUCGUAUGAACUCAGCACAAAGAGAAGAAUUGGCAUUGAUCGAACAAGCGUAUGAUAAUCCGCAUGAAUGUCUUGCGAGAAUAAAAAAAUUCUUACUAACUCAAAGGGUAUUCAAAGAAGUUGGAUUAGAAAUGAUGGAUUAUUACAGUCAUUUAGUCCCAACUUAUGCCAUAGAUCCGCUUGAGAAGAUUACUGAUGCGUACCUUGAUCAAUAUUUAUGGUACGAAGCUGACAAAAGAAAGCUUUUCCCAAAUUGGGUUAAACCGAGUGAUGAUGAAAUUCCUCCAUUACUUACUUACAAGUGGUGUCAAGGAAUCAAUAACUUAGAGAAUGUGUGGGAAACAUCAAAUGGUGAAUGUAAUGUUAUGUUAGAAACUUCAUUAAGCAAAGUUGCAGAAAAGAUUGAUUUUACAUUGUUGAAUAGAUUAUUGAGGUUGAUUGUAGAUCCUAACAUUGCUGAUUAUAUUACAUCGAAGAACAAUGUUAGUUUAACUUACAAAGAUAUGAAUCAUGUUAAUCAAUACGGAUUGAUUCGUGGCCUUCAAUUCUCUUCAUUUAUUUAUCAGUACUAUGGGUUAGUGAUUGAUCUUUUGAUUCUAGGAUUGGAUAGAGCUAGUGAAUUAGCAGGGUCUCCUCAGCUUCCAAAUGGAUUCCUUCAGUUUAAAGAUGUCGAAACUGAGACAUCGAGUCCAAUUAGGUUGUAUUCUCGUUACAUCGACAAGAUUCAUAUAUUCUUCAGGUUUGACAAUGAAGAUGCAAACAGCUUGAUUCAGGAGUAUCUUUCAGAAAAUCCUGAUCCAAACUUUGAAAAUGUAGUCGGGUAUAAUAACCGCCGUUGCUGGCCUAGAGAUUCAAGAAUGAGAUUAAUGAGACAUGACGUUAAUCUUGGAAGAGCAGUAUUUUGGGAAAUUUCUGGUCGUAUUCCAAGAUCCUUGACAACUAUUGAAUGGGAAGAUACAUUUGCUUCUGUAUAUUCAAGAGAGAACCCUAAUUUAUUAUUCUCUAUGUGUGGAUUUGAAGUAAGAAUAUUACCGAAGUGUCGUAUUCGUGAAGAAUCUUCAUCUCAAGAAGGUGUAUGGGACCUCAUUGAUCAAGAAAGUAAGGAGAGAACAGCGAAAGCUUUUCUUCAGGUUAGUCAGGAUGAAGUGGACAAAUUCAAUAAUCGGAUUCGCCAAAUUUUGAUGUCCUCUGGAUCUACUACGUUUACAAAGGUAGCUGCAAAAUGGAACACGGCUUUAAUUGCUCUUUUUGCAUACUUCAGAGAGGCUGCUGUUUCCACAGAAACAUUACUUGACACAUUAGUAAAAUGUGAAACAAAGAUUCAGAAUAGGGUUAAAAUGGGAUUGAAUUCUAAAAUGCCUUCCCGUUUUCCACCAGCAGUUUUCUAUACCCCAAAAGAAUUAGGUGGGCUUGGUAUGUUGAGUGCCUCUCACAUAUUAAUUCCUGCUUCGGAUUUAAGAUGGUCGAAACAAACAGACACAGGUAUAACUCAUUUUAGAGCUGGAAUGAAUCACCAGGAAGAGAAAAUGAUACCAACCAUAUUUAGAUACAUUACGACUUGGGAAAAUGAAUUUUUGGACUCGCAGAGAGUUUGGGCUGAGUAUGCUAUUAAGCGUCAAGAAGCUAUCGAACAGAAUCGCCGUCUUACAUUUGAGGACAUGGAGAAUAACUGGAACAGAGGUUUGCCUCGUAUUAGUACGUUGUUCCAAAAGGAUAGACACACUUUGGCGUAUGAUAAGGGUCACAGAAUUCGUAGGGUUUUUAAGCAAUUUAGUUUACCAAGAUUCAAUCCAUUUUCAUGGACCAGUAACCAUCACGACGGAAAAUUAUGGAAUCUUAAUGCCUAUCGAACUGAUGUUAUUCAAGCUUUGGGUGGUAUUGAGACGAUCCUAGAACAUACCUUAUUCCAAGGUACUGGUUUUGAUUCUUGGGAAGGUCUUUUUUGGGAGAAAGCAUCUGGUUUUGAAGACUCAUUGAAAUUUAAGAAAUUAACCAAUGCCCAAAGGUCUGGUUUAAGUCAAAUUCCUAAUCGUCGUUUCACCUUGUGGUGGUCACCUACGAUCAACCGUGCGAAUGUUUAUGUUGGAUUCUUAGUACAAUUAGACUUAACAGGUAUAUUUUUACAUGGGAAAAUCCCAACUCUAAAAAUUUCCUUGAUACAAAUCUUCCGUGCUCAUUUAUGGCAGAAGAUCCACGAGAGUGUAGUUCAAGAUGUUUGCCAAGUGUUAGAUAAGGAAUUAGAGGUCUUACAAAUUGAUAGUGUUGAAAAACAAGCAAUCCAUCCACGUAAGUCUUAUAAGAUGAACUCAUCUUGUGCAGAUGUUGUUCUUACAAGCACAUAUAAAUGGAAUGUAUCACGACCAUCUCUUUUACAUGAUAGCAAUGAUUCCAUGGAUGCAGCAACUGCCAAUAAAUAUUGGAUUGAUGUACAAUUGAGGUAUGGUGAUUAUGAUUCUCAUGAUAUUUCAAGAUAUACUCGUGCUAAGUUCUUGGAUUAUACUACGGAUAGUAGUAGUGCAUAUCCAUCCCCUACGGGUGCCAUGAUUGGUAUUGAUUUGGCAUACAAUAUGUACGACGUCUAUGGGAACUGGUUUUCUGGAUUUAAACCAUUGAUGCAAAAUGCUAUGAAAGAAAUUAUGAAAUCUAAUCCGGCGUUAUAUGUUCUCAGAGAGCGUAUACGUAAAGGUUUACAGUUGUACCAGGCACAACCUCAAGAAGCUUUUCUUAAUUCAAACAAUUAUGCUGAACUAUUUAACAACGAUACUCAAUUAUUCAUUGAUGAUACUAAUGUGUACCGAGUAACUGUUCAUAAAACCUUUGAAGGUAAUUUAACGACCAAGCCUAUUAAUGGUUCAGUGUUCAUGUUAAAUCCUAAGACUGGACAAUUAUUCUUGAAGAUUAUUCAUACAUCGGUUUGGGCAGGUCAGAAACGUUUGGGGCAAUUGGCAAAAUGGAAAACUGCAGAAGAAGUAGCAGCAUUGGUUCGUUCUUUACCACGGGAAGAGCAACCAAAGCAAUUAAUAGUUACUAGGAAGGGUAUGUUAGAUCCAUUAGAAGUUCAUAUGUUGGAUUUCCCAAAUAUCUCUAUAAGACCUUCAGAGCUUCACUUGCCUUUUGCAUCUGCAAUGAAAAUUGAUAAAUUGGCUGAUAUUGUCUUAAAAGCAAGCGAGCCGCAAAUGGUGUUAUUUAACUUGUAUGACGAUUGGUUAAAGAGCAUUUCUGCCUAUACUGCUUUCUCACGUAUAAUAUUAUUAUUGAGAGCAUUGGGAAUUAGCCAAGAACGUACUAAUUUAAUUUUACGUCCUGAUGCUAGUAUAACUACUCAAGAACAUCAUAUAUGGCCAUCAUUUACGGAUGAACAAUGGAUUGAUGUCGAAACUCAAUUGCGUGAUUUGAUUCUAAAUGAUUUCGCAAAGAAACAUGAUAUAAAUAUACAAUCUUUGACUCAAUCAGAAAUCCGUGAUUUAAUAUUAGGUCAAGAUAUUAAGGCACCAUCAUCAAAAAGACAAGAGAUUGCUGAUGUUGAAGGUGAUAAUAAACUGGUCCAGGACGAAACAAAUACUAAUAACCAAUUAACAGCAUUGAAGAGUAAGACGCAAAAUGUACAUGGUGAAGAGAUUGUAACAGUUACUACUACUAACUAUGAGCAACUGUCAUUUGCAUCUAAGAAUGAAUGGAGAAAUCGUGCUAUUGCAUCUAAUAAUUUGCACUUGCGUUCCAAAAAUAUAUAUGUCCUGUCGGAUGAUUUCAUUGAUGAUGACAGGUUUACAUAUAUCAUGCCGAAGAAUUUAUUAAAGAAAUUCAUUCAAAUAUCAGAUUUACGGACUCAAGUGGGCGCAUUUAUUUACGGAUCAUCGCCAUCUGACAAUCCUCAAAUCAAAGAAAUCAGAGUCAUAGCAUUAGUACCUCAAUUGGCGAAUACCCAUUCGAUACAAUUUCCAUCCAAGCUACCUCAACAAGAAGGCCCAUUGGCAAGUCUAGAACUUUUAGGGUGGAUUCACACCCAAUCUCAGGACACUAAUUUGUUAUCACCAAUUGACAUGACUACACAAGCAAAGCUCAAGAACGAUAAUAAUUCCUUGUGGCAUGAUAAAGCUGUUACUUUAACUGUUUCGUUUACACCAGGUUCAGUUUCUCUAGCGGCAUAUACCUUAUCAGGCGCGGGGUAUGAUUGGGCUUCAACAAACAACGAUUUGAUUUCUCAAGUACCUCAAGGAUAUUCGACAUCAUUUAGUCAAAAGGGUCUGUUGUUAUUAUCGGAUCGUAUAGUUGGGCUCUUUAUGGUGCCUGAUGAUGAUAUAUGGAAUUAUUCGUUUAUUGGUCCGAUCUGGGAUCCGAACGGAUUAUACGAUUUAAAAGUUGACAUUCCCCUUCCAUUUUAUCACGAAUUACAUAGGCCAAUUCAUUUUUCGAGUUUCAAUGAAAUUGAAGGAAACGAGUUAGAGGCCAAUCAGGAAAAUGCAUUUGCUUAA